CUGACCUUCAAUCGAACUUCGUUUGAACACAUCCGCGAGACACAGAAUGGCCAGAUUGGACCUGGGUUCCAGUUCAACUGGGCCGAAGAAGUUCUCCCUGUAUUGAAUCAAGUUCGAGCAGGGCAGAUCAACAGCUCAAGGCUUCAUGUUCCGUAUAUUACCAUAUCUGAUUCCAUCAAUGGAAUCUGGGUCUCCGGCGGGAGUCUAUUCCCUGGUACCAAUGCAAUGGCAUCAUCUUGGAACUUGGAACUGUAUGGGAAAGCGAUCGAGGCAAUCCGGGACGAAAACCUUGCGUUGGGAAUUCAGUGGGUUCUAUCCCCGGAGGUUGAUCUUGCCAAGGACCCCAGAAACGGCCGAAAUGGAGAAAUGUAUGGUGAAGACGGGUACCUUGCCGGAGAGUUUGCCACACGAUACAUACAAGUGAUGCAGGAAAAGGACGAAAAUGGCUGGGUUCGAGUCGCCACAACCAUCAAACACUGGGUCUAUGGCCAAGGUAGCGGAGGUGUAAACCGUGCGAGCAUGCUUGGCGGUCUCAAUCACAUCCUCAAUGACCUCGGUGCCUCGUACGUGAAGCCAAUCCGAGAUGCCCAACCGCUUUCACUCAUGUCAUCUUACUCUACCGUCGUUAUCUAUCAACAAGGCCUCAUCAUGUCCGAUGCGAAUGCCAUCGAGUAUCUAUACACCGAGUCAAAGGUUGCUUCAUCCGCCACGGAUGCCGCACAAAAGGCCCUGAAGGCCGGUUUGCAGCAUGAACUACACCCGAGCGGCAAUGGCGCCUUUACAACCCUCAUUAAGGCCAAGGAGGACGCGCAGGUUGUCUCCCUCGUCAAUAGCUCUGUUCUUGCACUUUUGGAGAUAACAAGCCUUGAAAAGAAGCUCGGUGCAGAGAAUGUGCUCUACUCAAUGGGCACCAACUCCAUACUCCCUUCCAACAACGCCGACGCCAAGAUCAUCAAGGAGGCCGUUGCGCUUGCAGAGAAAGCUGGGAUUGCUAUCGUCAUGCUAGGGUCUGGCCUCGGCACAUUCGAUCCCGCUACGAUUAACAAUCAGCGUACCGACCAAGAAGGAUUCGCACAUGCCGACCUGAACUUCCCAGGUCAGCAGAUGGAUCUGCUCAAGGCUGUCCUGGAGAGCGGUGUGCCUACAGUGCUCAUCAUGAGCUCCGGACAGACCUUCCUACUCCCGGAUUCCAUAUUUGGUCCUACCAAUGCCGUUUUCCAUUCUUGGCUCAGUGGAGAGUAUACCGGUGAUGCCAUCACCGAGAUCUUGUUUGGAGAAACAAAUCCAAGCGGGAAGCUGACCGUUACCAUCCCCGAGGCAAAUGGAGCAUUUCCGGUCUCCUAUGAUUUUCUUCCCUCCGACGACGUUGGCGGGUUUGGAACUGCCCUGCUGUAUGACUGGCACUGGCCGCAGGUCACACGCUCGCCCCCGCUCCGGUUUGGAUUUGGCCUCAGUUAUACCAGUUUCCUAAUUGGAAAUCCCACUGUUAAUGUGGACGGAGCGCGGGACAAUUCCACGCUAAACCUAUCUGCCAGCGUCACGAAUACAGGCGGAAUGGCCGGAAAAGAAGUUGUCCAGCUGUACUUCCGGCCAGUGGUCAGCGUGAUUGAGUUCCCAGUAAUGAAGUUGAUCAGGUUUAAAAAGGUCAAUCUCAACCCUGGCCAGUCAGAAAAGGUUGACUUCUCUAUUCCUUAUCACGACUUGGGGUACUUUGUAAAUGGCGAGUGGCAUGUUGAUGGGGGUAAUUACACUUUCUGGAUCGGAAGCAGCUCUCGUAAGGAGGAUUUGACGCAGUUGAACGUUACAAUUUCGUAA